AUUCAGUAUUUGAAAAUACAAGCAAGCGAAGAGAAGAGAAGAAGCGAACUGGUGGAAACACCAAACAAGUGAAACAAGCGAAUUAUCAUCGAAGUAUUUAAGAAGUAAUUUUCAAGAAGAGUUCAAGAAGACUUUUGAGAAGAAUCCAGAUAAAUAUCAGAAGAGAAGAAAUCAAAAUGCCAGCUAUCGGAAUUGAUCUCGGAACCACGUACUCCUGCGUGGGCGUGUGGCAACACGGCAACGUGGAGAUCAUCGCCAACGACCAAGGAAACCGCACCACACCCUCAUACGUGGCGUUCACCGACUCGGAGCGACUGAUCGGAGAUGCGGCCAAGAACCAGGUGGCGCUCAACCCCAACAACACGGUGUUCGACGCCAAGAGACUCAUCGGACGCAAGUUCGACGACCCCAAGAUACAAGCAGACAUGAAGCACUGGCCCUUCAGGGUGGUCAGCGACUGCGGCAAGCCCAAGAUCCAGGUGGAGUUCAAGGGAGAGAGCAAGACCUUCGCUCCGGAAGAGAUCAGCAGCAUGGUCCUGACGAAGAUGAAGGAGACCGCCGAAGCGUACCUCGGCACGGCGGUGCGGGACGCCGUGGUGACCGUGCCGGCCUACUUCAACGACUCCCAGCGCCAGGCCACCAAGGACGCCGGGGCCAUCGCCGGCCUGAACGUGCUGCGCAUCAUCAACGAGCCCACCGCGGCCGCGCUCGCCUACGGGCUCGACAAGAACCUGAAGGGAGAGCGCAACGUGCUCAUCUUCGACCUCGGCGGCGGCACCUUCGACGUGUCCAUCCUCACCAUCGACGAGGGCUCGCUGUUCGAGGUGAAGGCGACCGCCGGCGACACGCACCUCGGCGGCGAGGACUUCGACAACCGCCUCGUGAACCACCUCGCCGAGGAGUUCAAGCGCAAGUACAAGAAGGACAUCCGCGCCAACAGCCGAGCCCUGCGCCGCCUGCGCACCGCGGCCGAGCGCGCCAAGCGGACGCUCUCGUCCAGCUCUGAGGCCACCAUCGAGAUCGACGCACUGUACGAGGGCGUCGACUUCUACACGCGCGUCUCCCGCGCCCGCUUCGAGGAGCUCAACUCGGACCUGUUCCGAGGCACUCUGGAGCCCGUCGAGAAGGCGCUCUGGGACGCCAAGCUGGACAAGAGCUCCAUCCACGACGUGGUGCUGGUCGGCGGCUCCACGCGCAUCCCCAAGAUCCAGAGCAUGCUGCAGAGCUUCUUCAACGGCAAGCAGCUCAACCUGUCCAUCAACCCGGACGAGGCGGUGGCGUACGGCGCCGCGGUGCAGGCCGCGAUCCUCAGCGGAGAGCAGCACUCCAAGAUCCAGGACGUGCUGCUGGUGGACGUGGCCCCGCUGUCGCUCGGCAUCGAGACCGCCGGCGGCGUCAUGACCAAGAUCAUCGAGCGCAACGCCAAGAUCCCGUGCAAGCAGUCGCAGACGUUCACCACGUACGCGGACAACCAGCCCGCCGUCACCAUCCAAGUGUACGAGGGAGAGCGCGCAAUGACCAAGGACAACAACCUGCUCGGCCGCUUCGACCUGACCGGCAUCCCGCCGGCGCCGCGCGGGGUGCCCAAGGUGGACGUGACCUUCGACCUGGACGCCAACGGAAUCCUGAACGUGUCCGCCAAGGAGAACAGCAGCGGCCGCACCAAGAACAUCGUGAUCAAGAACGACAAGGGGCGGCUCUCGCAGGCGGAGAUCGAGCGCAUGCUCGCGGAGGCGGAGCGCUACAGGGACGAGGACGAGCGGCAGCGCGAGCGCGUGGCGGCGCGCAACCAGCUCGAGACCUACAUCUUCGGCGUGAAGCAGGCGCUGGACGACGCCGGGGACAGGCUGAGCGAGCAGGACAAGCAGGCGGCGCGCGGCCGCUGCGACGACGCGCUGCGCUGGCUCGACAACAACACGCUGGCCGAGCGCGACGAGUACGAACACCGGCUGAAGGAGCUGCAGCAGGCGUGCGCGCCGCUCAUGAGCAAGCUGCACGGCGCGGGGGCGGGGGCGGGGGCGGGCGCGCCCGGCGGCGCCCCCCACGCCGGGCCCACCGUCGAGGAGGUUGACUAGACGCUGAGCGGACAUGACAAAAACAGACUUCGAAAAUGUUCUAUGAACAUUGCCUAGUUCCUAUGAAUGAUGUAAAUAUUAGUUAACUAAGUUAAUUUAUUUUAGUUAUUAAAAGUGAUAAAAGCAUUCCAUUUAAUGUAAGUAGGAACAAAUUAUAGAAUCUCAUAGAGCCAGUAAUAAAAAAAGAUUUUAAUUUA